UGCAGGAUACAACUUGAGUUACUUCUUCGACUGACCUGUUGAAAUAAAAACUCCACCAUGAUUUUUCAAGGACUUUUGGAUCGACUUGACUUCACCAGUUGGUUGUUGUUGGGUUUUCUGCUCCUGAUUUUAAUUGAUGUGGUGAAAAACUGGGCUCCUCACAACUUUCCCCCUGGACCCUGGGGUGUUCCUUUUCUUGGCAACAUCUUCACUGCUGUUGAUUUUAAAUCCUUGGAGAAGCUUACACAGAAGUACGGCCCUGUGUUCAGCCUGAGGAAAGGCAGUGAGAGGUAUGUGUUUAUUUCAGGGUACAAGAUGGUCAAAGAGGCUCUGGUUAAUCAGCUGGACAGCUUUAUGGACCGACCCAUUGUUCCUCUCUUCCACAUUAUCUACAAUGGCCUGGGUAUUGCUUUGAGCAAUGGUUACUUAUGGAAGAAGCAGAGAAAGUUUGCCACUAGUCAUCUACGUUACUUUGGAGGGGGACAAAGGAGUCUGGAGAAAUACAUUGAAGUGGAGUGCAACUUUCUCUGUGAGGCCUUCAAAGAGGAACAAGAAAGACCAUUCAAUCCCCACUACAUGAUGAAAAAUGCAGUGAGUAACAUCAUCUGCUCUGUGGUGUUUGGACAUCGAUUUGAAUACACAGAUCCAAGCUUUCGCAGAUUUCUGGAGUUGGACAAUGAAGCCAUUGUUCUCUCUGGCUCACUUCAAGCUCAGCUGUAUGAUGUAUUUCCUGGCUUGAUGACGUACCUGCCAGGACCACACCAGACGGUCCACUCAAACUAUAGGGAGAUCCUCUCCUUUUUGAAGACGGAAGUACAGAAACACCAGGAGGAGUGGAACCCAGAUGAUCCUAGAGAUUAUAUUGAUGUGUACUUGGCAGAGAUGAAAAAGCACAAAGAGGACCCUCUGGCUGGCUUCAACACUGAAACACUGCUGUUUUGCACCCUUGACCUGAUUGAGGCUGGAACAGAAUCAGCUGCCAACACAUUACGCUGGGCCCUCGUGUACAUGAUGAACUACCCAGAGAUACAGACAAAGGUCCAGGCAGAGAUAGACAAAGUAAUUGGACAGUCUCGUCAGCCCACCAUAGCUGAUAGACCCAACCUACCCUAUACUGACGCUGUUAUUCACGAGAGCCAGCGGGUGGGAAAUAUUGUUCCCUUGGGAUUUCCUAAAAUGGCCAGUAAAGAUGCAACACUUGGAGGAUACUUCAUCCCCAAGGGCACAGCUAUCACUACAAACCUAGCCUCUGUGCUGUUCGAUAAAAAUGAGUGGGAGACUCCAGACGUCUUUAAUCCUGGGCAUUUCUUGGAUUCAGAGGGAAAGUUCCUUAAAAAAGAUGCCUUCUUACCAUUUUCAGCAGGUAAACGUGUGUGUUUAGGGGAGAACCUGGCCAAAAUGGAGCUGUUCCUUUUCUUUACGACUCUUCUCCAACGCUUCACCUUCGCUCCUGUUCCAGGAGAAAUGCCCAGYUUGGAGGGUGUGAUGGGCUUCACUUAUUCCCCCAAYGAGUUCAGGAUGCUGGCCGUGCCUCGCUGAACCACACAAGCAUCAAUGAUUUUUAUUAUUUCAUUAUUUUGAUUCUACAUUGUGUAAAACCUCAWAAUAAUAAUUUAUCAAACCAGUGUAAUAAAAACUUCAUGCUGAUUUAUACAGGAACUACCAUUAGUGUAUGAUUAAGUAAAAACAAUGUUUUGCUGCAUUUUUGUAUCUCUUCAUUCAAAUUGUUUUAUAAUAUUUUAAACCUGUUUACUGUCUGUACAUCUGAUCUGUGCCUCAAACAUUUAUCUACUU